CAAGGACCAAGAGGGUCUAGACCUUUCGACACAAUUCAAGCAGCAACAGUGCAAAUUACCCCGCUAACGUUACAGCCUUAUCUUAUCAUGUCUUCAGCUCUCCUCCUUGGUGUUCGGUGCCCCUCCAUAAUUUUGCCGGGGCCCAACAAGAUCAAGUUGACUCACGUGUGGCACAAACGUUCCGCAGCAAAGCUGUAGAUCUCGCUGUGUUUGAAGAGAGCCAGGAACAUCGAUUGCAGAUCUUGGUCCAACAUUGCAAAUUAUAGACCACUGCAGCUCAGUGCGAAACUAGCGGAUCAAAUCCGGCAGCGAAACCCUGAUAUAAACAAAGAAAUCAUGGCGGACGCCGUAGCGGAUGCUGCUGCCAAGCUGGAACUUGGCGACGCGCCGCCGGCUGACAACGGCGCGAAGCUCCAGCUCGACGAGGAAACUGGAGAGUGGGUGUCUAAGGGAGAGCUGAAGAAGCGGUUGGCGAAGCGCGCAAAGAAGGCGCUCAAGGAGAAGAACAAGGAUGCUGCGAAGGACACACCGGCUGCGCUCAAGACCGCCCAAGAAGGCGCCGCUCUGAAGAAGCCCAAAGAGAAGCCGGAAGAGGCUCCUCUAGAUCCGGACGCCAUGUUCAAGCAGGGCUUUCUCGCCGAUGUCUACAACGAGCGCCCAGUGAAGCCUGUGUUCACGCGGUUUCCCCCGGAACCCAAUGGUUUCCUCCAUAUCGGCCACGCGAAAGCCAUUGCUGUCAACUUUGGCUUCGCCAGGUACCACGGCGGCAAGUGCUACCUGAGAUUCGACGACACCAACCCCGAAGCCGAGGAAGAGGUCUACUUCAAAGCCAUCGAGGAAAUGGUGCGCUGGCUGGGAUUCGAGCCCUACAAGAUCACGUAUUCGAGCGACAACUUCGACCGACUUUACGAGCUGGCUGAGAAGCUCAUCGGACUCGAGAAAGCUUACGUUUGCCACUGUGGGGACGAGGAGCUCAAGCUUCAACGCGGUGGUGAGAAGGGCACUAGCCCCCGCUACCGGUGCAAGCACGCGGAGCAGUCAGUUGAGGAGAACCUCCAGAAGUUCCGCGAUAUGCGCGACGGGAAAUACAAGCCGAGGGAAGCCUUCUUGCGCAUGAAGCAGGAUAUCACUGAUGGCAACCCGCAAAUGUGGGAUCUUGCCGCAUACCGAGUUCUAGACAAACCCCAUCACCGGACUGGCACGAAGUGGAAGAUUUAUCCCACAUACGAUUUUACUCACUGCUUGUGCGAUAGCUUCGAGGGCAUCACCCACUCACUAUGCACCGUCGAGUUCUUCCUCAGCAGGACCUCUUACGAGUGGCUGAACCAGCAGCUGGUCGAGUUCCAGCCCAUGCAGAGGGAAUACGGCCGUCUCAGCGUCCAAGGAAGCGUGCUCUCCAAGCGCAAGCUGAAGGAGCUGGUCGACAAGAAAAUCGUCAGGGGCUGGGACGACCCGCGUCUCCAUACCCUGAUCGGAGUUCGCCGCAGAGGUGUACCUCCUGGUGCCAUUCUCGAGUUCGUUAACGAGCUUGGUGUCACAACGACAAACAGCAUUAUCCAAUACAGCCGCUUCGAGCAGACGAUCCGGCGAUACCUCGAACGGACGGUGCCCAGGUUGAUGCUUGUUCUCGACCCGGUACCCGUGGUGAUUGAAAACGGCGACGAAUUCGACGGUACAGAGCUCACGGUGCCAUUCUCCCCCAAGAACGCCGCCAUGGGCGACCACAAGAUCAAGUUCAGCAAGACCGUCUACAUCGACCGGUCCGACUUCCGCGAGGUCGACAGCAAGGAUUAUUUCCGGCUGGCGCCCGGCAAGACCGUCGGCUUGCUGCAGGCCCCGUUCCCCAUCAAGGCCACCGGCUUCACAAAGGACGAGGCGACGGGCAAGGUCACGGAGAUCCGCGCCGUCUUUGACCGUGAGACAAAGAAACCCAAGACCUUCAUCCAGUGGGUCCCUGCUGGCGAGGGCUCGGGAUCCCGGAAAUGCGAGGUGCGGCUCUACAACCCGCUGUUCAAAUCGGACAACCCGGCGGCUGCCGAGGGCGGGUAUCUCAAUGACAUCAACCCGGAGAGCGAGAUCAUCUAUCCCGAUGCCAUGAUUGAGUCAGGCUUCGACGAGGUCAAGGCUCGGGCGCCUUGGCCCGAGGCCGCGGGCGAGGACAAGCAGCACAAGGGGGGCCCGGAGACGGUGCGGUUCCAGGGCAUGCGCGUUGCAUACUUUGCCAUGGAUUCAGACAGCACAGAUGACAAGAUUGUGCUCAACCGGAUAGUGUCGCUGAAGGAGGACAAGGACAAGAGCUGAGUUACCGGCUCGCUGUUUGGAUGACAACUGAAAUGGCAUGUAAAGCAGUCUUGAGUAAGACCUGUGCGUGAUAUGGUACUGUACAUAGUACUUGCUGCGUGCAGAUAUGAAGGUGCUCGCCUGCUAUAGCCAUGGAGAAGCCUCAAGUUCGCUCUGCAACCCCACACAUUCGCUAUCACCAGC